GGCUAGGAGGAUCAUGAAAGCCCCAAGGCCCUCGGACCCGGAGAGGUGCUCCCAAUUGCUCCCUCUGGCGCUAGGAAGCUUUUGGAAGCUGCAGCUUUGUGAGUUGUGGAUACUACUGUUGGGUUCCAGUUUGAAUGCCAAAUCUCUGCCACACGAGGAAGACGUAGACUUUAUCAAUGAGUAUGUGAACCUCCAUAAUGAGCUCCGCAGCAAAGUGAACCCUGGAGGGGCGAACAUGCGCUUCAUGACAUGGGAUGUAGCUCUGUCACGAACUGCAAGAGCAUGGGGGAAGAAAUGUGUGUUUGAACGUAAUAAGCAUCUGGAAGAAGCACAAAUGGCCCAUCCUACAUUUAAUUCUGUUGGUGAAAAUAUGUGGGUUGGCCCUGCAAAAGAAUUUAAUGCAAGUGUUGUUAUCAGAAGUUGGUAUGAGGAAAGAGAAAACUAUACUUUUCAAAAUGACAGUUGCUCUGCAGACUGUUCUUACUAUGUUCAGCUUGUUUGGGACAUCUCUUACAAAGUUGGUUGCGCUGUGACUGCAUGUUCAACUGUUGGGAAUAUUACACGUGCUGCACUUUUUAUAUGCAAUUAUGCCCCAGGAGGAGCUCUGAGCAGAAGACCUUAUCGUGCAGGAAUAUUUUGUACCCAGUGUGAUGGACGAGACAGAUGCACAGAUCUUCUAUGCAGUAAUGCAGAUCGUGACCAAGCCAUAUAUUACCAAUUUUGGUAUCCACGUUGGGAAGUGCCCCGGCCAAUUGUGUGUGACCCACUGUGCAUGUUUGUUUUAUUAGUGAGAACAGUAUGUUUUCUGCUAUGUAUCUUGAUUGUAUUGAUUGUACAGCCUCAUUUUCCAAAUAUCUUCUUGGAAAAACAGAUGAUAUUUACCCCUGAAGAAUCGCAAGCAGAAGUAAAGGAAGAGGAAGAGAAAGAAGAAGAGAAAGAAGAAGAAGAAGAGGUAGAGGAGGAAAAAGAGGUAGAGCAGGAAGAAGAAGUAUUAUCAUAAGCCAAAAGUGUAUUAUAUUACACAAGAGGCAAAAAAGAAAAAUACACAUGAACCACUAUUGCAAUAUUUUUAUUCUCUUUACUAUAUUUAUUCAAAACAAAUUUAAAUUUGAAAAACCAAAUGCAAACAAAAUAUAUGUGUUAAAUAUAAAAUACUAAUACAUGCUCAUAGAUACUACACAUAGAUAAAGGUAGGAUAAUAGGAUCACUUUAAAAAAUGAUUUGACUAACCUAAUUAUCUUAAGAUGUCACCAGGAUAUCCUAAUAAAAGAGUAAGUCAUAUCUUCUAAAUCUGGUUCUCCCUCUGGGCUUUAAAUAUUUAUUAUAGGAGUUAAUAAGUUUCUCAACUAUUAAAUAAUAUUGUCUAUAUAAGGUGCUUAGGCCCAUUCCAGUUCAGAACAACCAUUUAAUGAAUACUGGUUGAUUUGUUUUUCUUAUUACCAUCAGAGCGUUAUUGGUGCUGCUGACAUUUUCCAUAUGAUAAUGUUUUAUUUAUCUUUAUAAUAUAUGUUGUUUGAAUGAUUUAAGUAUAUCCUGUUAGAAGACAAUUUAUAUCCUGUUACAAAAAUAAAUUUAUUAUUUCUACUCCAUGUGCAGUAUUUCAUUAAAGAUUUGCUAUAAAU